UGGGACGGGCGCACCGCCCACCGCCCCGGGGGUUCAAGGCAGAGCCAGAGCGUGCCAGGGCGGGCCGAGGGCCAAGAUCGGACCGAGAGCAGGGGCCGCAGCGCCCGGGGGCUGGGCGCACGGCGCGGUGGCAGCGCGGGCCGAACUGAGGAGACGGUCACGUGAGCGUGCGUUCCAGGCCGACUGGCGGUCUCAAUUCGACAUGAACGUCAGCACUCCCGUUAAAAAUAAUGCAUGUCUCCCAUGCCAGGAGGACUUGGGUGCUGCCAGGCCGGCGCUCACCCUCCGCCUUCAUCUUCCCUCCUCCUCUGGCCCCGGAACAGCUGAGGAUUUGUGGUCAGGCUCCCUUGCCUAUGGGGAGGCCACAGUCUUCCCGAAGGACGGGGCAGAAAAAGCAGCAAGCAGACAAAGCGGAGCGGCCGCAGAGCCCAUCCUAUGCAGCCCAGGCACCCUGCCCCAAGGAGCCCUGCUUGGGACCACCCACCACCCUGGGCCCACACCGCAGCAUCUAUUUCUCAAGCCCAAAGGGCCACCUUACUCGACUGGGGUCGGAGUUUUUUGACCAGCCGGCAGUCACCCUGGCCCAGGCGUUUCUGGGACAGGUCCUAGUCCGGCGACUUCCUAAUGGCACAGAGCUCCGGGGCCGCAUCGUGGAGACUGAAGCAUACUUGGGGCCAGAGGAUGAAGCUGCCCACUCAAGGGGUGGCCGGCAGACCCCCCGCAACCGAGGCAUGUUCAUGAAACCAGGGACCCUGUACGUGUACAUCAUUUACGGCAUGUACUUCUGCAUGAACAUCUCCAGCCAGGUUUGGCUUCAUGGGGGCAUCCACAGUGGUGGCUGCCCUGCCUGCUGGUGGCAGCCAGAGGUCCCCAUGGGAGGCACACCUCAUGGCGCAGGCAUGGAGGAUGGUGAGGGGACGGAGCUUGUGUCUUGCUGCGAGCACUGGAGCCCCUAGAAGGUCUGGAGACCAUGCGUCAGCUUCGCAGCACCCUCCGGAAAGGCACCGCCAGCCGUGUCCUCAAGGACCGUGAGCUCUGCAGUGGCCCCUCCAAGCUGUGCCAGGCCCUGGCCAUCGACAAGAGCUUUGACCAGAGGGACCUGGCUCAGGAUGAAGCGAUAUGGUUGGAGCGUGGCCCCCUGGAGUCCAGUAGACCAGCUGUAGUGGCAGCAGCCCGGGUGGGCAUUGGCUAUGCAGGGGAGUGGGCCCGAAAACCCCUGCGCUUCUAUGUCCAGGGCAGCCCCUGGGUCAGCGUGGUCGACAGAGUGGCUGAGCAGAACGCACAGGCCUGAGCAAAGGGCCUGCCUGGACAACUUUUUAAUUGUUUAAAAACAAAUAAAUGUUUUAUUUCUAGAAAA